UCCCAGCAACCCAGUGAAGCAACAGAAAGCGGCAGCAAGAGCACAAGCUCAGAGAAAAACUUUCAGCGCUGGUAUUGCUAGAACAGAAAAUAGUAAUAAAAAGGAUUUUAUAUAUUAAAUUUCCAGUUUUACCUUACUAGCGCCAAAGCAUUCAGCACCAUGGACAGCGUCCGCGCGGCGGUUUACCUGAGCGUGUUCCUCUCGCUUCUGUGCGUCUGCAGGGGUCAGAUGUCACUGGACACCCGACUGAGAGUGCAAGAGGAGCAGGACAUCAACAGAGACCUGGCUGAGGCGCUCGAUGAACUUUUGGAUGGAGAUCAGGCCAAUCGGAUAUCUGUGGAGAAAAAAGCUAGCGUCAUUCCCAGGUGUGAUGUUGGGGAGCGCUGCGCCAUGAAGCAUGGCCCGCGCAUCGGGAGACUGUGUGACUGCACGCGAGGAACAGCCUGCAAUACUUUCUUCUUGCGCUGCUACUGAUGGGGCUCGCGCAACUCUCCUCUCUCUCAGGCACUGUGAAGAAACUCGUGACAGGAAUGCUUGGGACACCUCAUCUAUUUAACGGUUUAAUUCUAAGCGUGAGAUUACAUGUAGCCUAUUGAUAGGCCUUCUGUUCUAUUUUUCGAAACCUGUAGCCUACACUACAUGUUUAGAUGAUUAAACGAGUUUAUUUUGAGUAAUGAAAUGUCUUUAAGACUCAUUCGUUCUGAUACAUUGUCGGUGAGUGUAUAUGUAGGUCUAACUAUGUUUAAUAAAAUCAUAUAACUAUUAAAACAAGAUCUGAAAUGAGGCGAAUUAUUACAGAUGCACAAGUGUCAUUAUCAGCUACUAAAAUCCUGAUUUGAAUAAUCAUUAAUCAUCGUUAAUCUUAUUAGGCUUUGAGAGGUUUAACUUUUUGAUGGAAACGUUUUUUGUAAGCGCAAUCUGUUGAGGUUCUUCUCGCGCAGCUAAAUUCAUCUUAAUGUUAUGAUGCAGUGACAAUGGUAUUUUUGUAUUAUUUACAGCCAUACCUAUCGAAAUGCGCUUUCGAGGUCUGUUUAGCGCUAACUUAUGAGAUAUAGGGCCUAACUAACUUUUGUGGUUACUGAAGCGUACUGUAUAUGACAAAAUAAUUUAUAAUUUAAUUAUAUAUUUUAACAAAGCUAUUCUAUAGCCUACCUUUUCUCAGAAUCGUUUUACCAUUUAGCCUACAUUAAUGCAAGCAGAUCGGUUGAAGAGCCCGGUUCUAGAUCCAGACUCUUUCGGUUUCUUAAAUCCUCUUUGAAACAAAAGAGGAUUAGGUUACUGUGAGAUCUGUCCACGGGUUAUAAUGUGGUCACCAAUCACCAUUAUAUAAAUUCAAGAAAAUGUCGCAAAGGGAAGGGAAAUCUACAUAUAAUGGCCUCGAUAAAUCGCGGAAAAUCUCAUCAUCCCGUUCUUCAGUCGAUCAUCAGGGGUGAUCAAUCACCUUAUGUGACGUAGAAGCUGUGUCGUGGAUUCAAGACCGCCAGACUACCAACCGUCCAGACCGUUCGCUGACCACGCGACAGAAGCGACAAGAGCUGUGACAGAAUAUAAAGAAAAUCUUCAAAGACAACUCGUGCCCAUUCUGAGGAGAAAGUUCAAC